GUCGGACAGAGCUCCCUCUCUCUCUCUCUCUCAUUCAUGCAUUGUUCGUGUCGACAAUCUUUCAGGGCUAAAAUCUUUUUAUGGGGGUGUUUUGAUAUUCUUUAGUAAACGGUUUUUAUAGGCGAAAAACCAAACAGGGGAUCUUUGCAUCGUAGCAACGAAUUGCUGUCCAAAUCGUUGGGAUUUUUGCUAUAUAAUUAGUCAUCGGACUCAUCUUCAAAACCCAAAUCGUGAAAUCUCUAUCCUUUGAUAUUCUAUUCAUUUCUCAGUCAGAAAGGAUGGCGUUUGGAUGGUCGAAUUUGAUUGUAGCUGCUCUUGCUGGUGUUCUCUGCUUUCAUGGCUUCUGUUACUCUGAACGAGCUCCAAACUACACGUUCGUCCAUGAAGCAACAUCAGCACCGUCCAUUUCAUACUACGAUUACAUCAUCAUAGGUGGUGGCACCGCAGGGUGCCCUCUUGCAGCUACACUCUCACAGAAUUUCAGUGUAUUGCUCUUAGAGAGAGGUGGCUCUCCCUACGGCAAUCCCAACAUCACCAACCUAGCCUCCUUCGCCGACACCCUCGGCGAUCUCUCGCCCACGUCAGCCUCCCAACGGUUCAUUUCCGAGGACGGCGUCAUCAACGCACGUGCAAGAGUUUUAGGCGGCGGGAGCUGUUUGAAUGCCGGUUUCUACACACGUGCGGCCAUGGAGUAUGUACGGUCGGUGGGGUGGGAUGAGAAGUUGGCAAUCAAAUCCUAUCAGUGGGUCGAGAAGCUGGUAGCGUUCGAGCCACCGAUGCUACAGUGGCAGACGGCGGUGCGAGAUGGGCUGCUUGAAGUGGGGGUGUUGCCUUAUAACGGAUUCACGUAUGAUCAUUUGUAUGGGACGAAGGUUGGUGGGACUAUCUUCGAUCGUGAUGGACAUCGGCAUACGGCGGCUGAUUUGCUUGAGUAUGCAAACCCCACAGGCCUUACUGUUCUUCUACGUGCGACUGUGCGUAGGGUCAUGUUUAGGACGAAAGGAAAAACAAAGCCAUUGGCUCAUGGUGUAGUCUUCAGGGAUGCAGCAGGGAUCAAGCACAAGGCCUACCUAAGGCCUGGCUCCAAGAACGAGAUCAUCAUCUCAGCUGGUGCCCUUGGCAGCCCACAGCUGUUGAUGCUUAACGGUAUUGGGCCAGCUGCCCACCUCAGAUCCCUUGGCAUCCAAGUGCUAGUAGACCAGCCCAUGGUGGGCCAGGGCAUGUCUGACAACCCCAUGAAUGCCAUCUACGUCCCAUCUCCUUCUCCCGUUGAAAUCUCUCUCAUACAAGUUGUAGGCAUUACCAGAUUCGGAAGCUACAUAGAAGCCGCUAGCGGCUCUAACUUCGCUUCUGCUCCUUCAUCCAACGGUCCUCAAAGAAACUUCGGCAUGUUUUCACCUCAGACUGGCCAGCUUUCAACUGUCCCACCCAAACAAAGGACAGCAGAUGCCAUAGCCAGGGCCGUGGAAGCAAUGAACGGCCUAGAUGAUGCCGCUUUCCGAGGCGGAUUCAUCAUCGAGAAGAUCAUGGGCCCACUUUCAACAGGCCAUCUCGAGCUUAGAAAUCGGAACGCCAACGACAACCCCUCAGUCACUUUCAACUACUUCAAAGAACCACUGGAUCUAAAAAGGUGUGUGGAAGGCAUCAAGACGAUCGAACGUGUGAUCCAAUCCAAACCGUUCACCAAUUUCAGGUACCCAUACAUCACAUUGAAGGCCCUCAUCAACAUGACCGUUAAUUUCCCGGUGAAUCGACGGCCGAGAUACGCCAAUGAUUCGACGUCGCUGGAACAGUACUGUAAGGAUACUGUCAUGACCAUAUGGCACUACCAUGGAGGGUGCCAGGUUGGCAAAGUCGUCGAUCCGGAUUAUCGAGUACUCGGUGUGGACGGUCUUAGAGUGAUCGACGGCUCUACUUUUACUUACUCACCUGGGACCAAUCCACAAGCAACGGUCAUGAUGCUUGGAAGGUACAUGGGAAUUAAGAUCCGGAACGAAAGGCUUGGAAUGAACGGUCUGGAUUAGAAGUUUUGGAUCUAGUUAGUUAUAUAUAUGAUUGUUUUGUGAGUGUUGGAUAUGAUUGGAUUAAUCUUAUAUAUUGAAUGUUGUUGAUGUUUUUAUUUAUUGGUUGGAUGGAUGCACUGAAA